AUGCUUGCCAUGUUUUUACUUGUUGUUGGUCAUAAUACUUGGUAUUGCUUGAUUCGUAAAACAUUUGGUCGAUCACAUUACAAUACUAGCCAAAACUUCAACAAGGUGUUGAAAGCAUUGAAGAGUAUUGCAUUAGAUAUGAUGGUCAAACUUGGAUCUGCAGUGCCAGAAAAAAUAAGAGAGAGCACAAGAUUUUACCCUUACUUUAAAGAUUGUAUUGGAGCUAUUGAUGGCACUCACAUUCUAGCUAUGGUGUCUGGGCAAGAUAUUAACAGUUAUCGUAACCGUCAUGGAGAAAUUUCUCAAAAUAUUUUAGCAGCUUGUAACUUUGAUUUAGAAUUUAUAUAUGUACUCAGUGGGUGGGAGGGGUCUGCCCAUGAUUCACUUGUGUUGACAAAUGCUUUAUCAAGAAAUAAUGGGCUUAAAGUGCCCGGAGAUAAUGAAGUCCCAUCAUCUUCAUCAGAACAAGUUUAUGAAGAUGACAACUUUGAUCAAUUAUUUUCUCAAGAACAACAACGAGCGAAUGCUAACUUAUGGAGAGAGAGUAUAGCCAAUCAAAUGUGGAGUGAUAUUGAUCAUGUUGUCAAUAACAAUUAG